AUGUGCUACUAUGGCAACUACUGUGGAGGCCUGGGCUACGGCUAUGGUGGCCUAGGCUGUGGCUAUGGUUGUGGCUAUGGCUAUGGUGGCUAUGGUGGCUACAGUGGCUAUGGCUAUGGCUGUUGUCGCCCCCUGUGCUGUAGAAGUUACUGGUCCUAUGGCUUCUACUGA